AGCACAGAGCCUUUAUCUCAUUGGUGCCACCUGCCAAGGCAGGAAAGGAACGCCUGGCCAUUUGGAGAGAGCUGGAUGGUGAUACAAUGACCACUAUAAAUGUGAGCCGGGCUGGCUAGGGGUGGCCAGGGAAGGACAAAGGCAACUGCAGGGUAAGAGGGGUCACCUUCUAAGAUGGAGAAGUUCAAGGCUGCGAUGUUGCUGGGGAGUGUUGGCGAUGCACUGGGCUAUGGAAACGUGUGCAGAGAGAACAGUGUUUUAGGUUCAAUCCAAGAGGAGCUGCAUAAGACCGGCGGACUGGACAGCCUCGUGCUCUCGCCCAGAAAGUGGCCAGUGAGUGACAACACCAUCAUGCACAUGGCAACCGCUGAGGCCCUCACCACAGACUACUGGUGCCUAGAUGACCUGUACCGUGAGAUGGUAAAAUGCUGUGAGGCGGUGGAGAGACUUUCAGAACGUCGGCCAGACCCUUCUACUCUUGAGGGCUGCUCCCAGCUGAAGCCAGAUAACUACCUCCUCGCCUGGCAUACUCCCUUCAAUGAAAAGGGGUCAGGAUUUGGCGCUGCCACUACAAUGUGCAUUGGAAUGCGGUACUGGAAGCCAGAGCGGCUGGAGACCCUCAUUGAAGUCAGCAUUGAGUGUGGGAGAAUGACCCACAACCAUCCCACAGGAUUCCUUGGGUCUCUGUGCACUGCCCUGUUUGCCUCUUAUGCAAUCCAGGGAAAGCCACUUGUACAGUGGGGAAGAGAGAUGCUGAAGGUGGUCCCACUGGCUGAGGAGUACUGCAGGAAGACCAUCCGGCACAUGGCAGAGUACCAGGAACACUGGUUUUACUUCGAAGCAAAGUGGCAGUUUUACCUGGAGGAAAGAAAAAUCAGUGAAGACAGAGAGGACAAAGCCACCUUCCCUGACAACUACGAUGCAGAGGAGAGAGACAAGACCUACAAGAAGUGGAGCUCGGAAGGCCGAGGGGGACGGCGCGGCCAUGAUGCCCCCAUGAUAGCCUACGAUGCUCUCCUUGCUGCAGGGAGCAACUGGACGGAGCUGUGCCAGCGGGCCAUGUUCAUGGAGGGUGAGAGCGGGGCCACCGGGACCAUCGCGGGCUCCCUAUUCGGGUUGCUGCACGGCCUGGACACUGUUCCACGGGGCUUGUACCAGGAACUGGAGCACAAAGGAAGACUAGAGGAUCUGGGCACAGCCCUGCACCGCCUGUCCACAGAAGAAAACUCCAAGAGCAGCAAGGUUUGCUGUGAGAAGAUGGCCAUCGACGCUCAGACGCUGAAGAAGAAGAUCAGCAGGACGUGCGACGAGGCAGCUCGCACUCUCCUCAGCAGCCUCCUACUCUAUGUCCUGGACCGUGCGGAUGGACCCCAGAAGGCAGAAGACAGAGCACACAGGGCCACCCGCCUAUCCCAACACCAGGAGGUGGGCCGGAGACCCACACGGUUCCAGCUUCUACAGGCUAAGUUCAUGGGCACUGGCCGGGAGCCCCACCUCAAGAAGACCCGGGAGGUGGGGAGGCUGAUCUCCAAAGACAAGCAAGGACCUGGUAGGAGUUUCGUCAAUGCUACUAUCAACAAGCUUCUGGAAAAGACCAAGGAAGGAUCCAGCAGUAGUAGCCAGAGGAUCCUAGCCAGUGAGAAGUCGCGGUGGAUUCCCUCCAGUGGGAAGAACACUGUGAAAAACAUUCUAAAGAAGUUCCUGGCUGCAGAAGAGAAGGAAGUUAAGGCAACACAUGACAAAGCCCCUGCCCAGAGGCCUGGAGCUGCCAGGGGCCUCCUGCCAAGACUUGUGGGCCGGAGCUCCAUCCUCUCCAAGCUGAGGGAAAGAUUUGAACAGAGUAGCUGCCUGCACUCGGAGGCUGGUGUGCUGCCCCUGCACAGGGAAGGACGGAAGAGCAAGAGCCUACAGAAGAAGAAAGUGCACAGGCCACAAGUGCGGGUGCUCCACAUGACCACCAUGGCCACCAGCUGUACCAGAAUCCCCCCCGCCCAGUUUCUGGCCUGCACAGCUGAGCCCCUGCCAGCCCUCAGUAUUGCCACCAUUGUCUGUGGCCCCCAGAGCUGGUUGUCCCACUGUGCAAAACUUAGUAACUUGGAGUCCAGACGCUGGCCCACUGGAGAAAUGGUCACGUCCCCCAACACAGAAAACCUGGAACCUGGAGGAAACAACACGCAAGGACUCGGGAAUGAAGCACAGGAGGAACGGCUGAAGUCCCCGAUAUCCCAGGAAGUGGCUCAUGUGGCCAGUCACGUGGCUGUGAACAUGGCUUUCUCUGGCAUGUCUGCCAAAGGCCAAGCCCUACCUGGCCAUGUACCAGUGUUGUCCCCACUUGGACUGGACAGCCCCAGAGGUACUUGGUCGGUUGGAAAGGACAGAACGGUGGAGCUCAAUACACAAGAGGUGGCAGCCGACACCCAGGGAGUGAAGGAUAAUAUAAAAGAAGCGCCUGAAAUCAUCAUGGCUGUGUGCAGCUCAGAGGAUGAAGCAGAAAGAACACCCUCAGGGUUAGAAAGAGAGCCCUUUUUUGCCAUCCAGAGACACCUGCCAGAACAAGAGGCAGCGACACAGAUCCCCCUCCUAGGCCCUUUAGCAGUGCAGGCUGAGCGGCGGGCACAACCCGCCAUCAAGCCUCCGCGGAUAACAGUGCAGCUUCCUGUGGUUCAUGAAAUGCCAGCCUCUCCUGGUCCUCCGCAGGGUGCAGCACGUCACGAGGACAGAUGUUCUCAAGUUGUGAGACGAGAGGAUGUGGACAAAAGUAAACGAGCAGCAUGUCCCACUGUGAGUGAAGUCAGGAGGGGUCCCCAAGCUCCAACAGUACACAGUACACCCUGGGGAGUGCCAGUGAGUCUGCAUCCUGCAGUGGAGUGUGGACCCCAGGAAGACCUAAGAGAUGGUGCUGAUGUCGAUGGUGGUGCCUCACAGAGGUUCCUAAUACCAGUUCCUUCUGGAACUGUUCCUCGUGGAACAGAGAGCAAACACGGCCCUGAGAACACGCAUGAUCCCAGGAGUUGCAGUGGCACCUCAGAACAGAGUGUCACUGACCCUGACUGGAAACGACAUCUGUGUCCAGAGUCAAAGGAAGCACCUACAGCUAGCAAUGGCAUUGCUGGGAGAAGCUACGCAGGAGUGGGCACCUGCUCUGCCACUGACCUCCAGAAAGGGGUAUCCACCACAGUGCUGGUGCCACCCCAGGACUGCAGAAGGCCUGACAGUUCCAUAGCACCAGGCAAGGACAUCAAGUUUGGACAGGAAGCGUGCCAAGGGCCCCUGAGCGAAUCAGCUCUACCACCAAGCAUCACUCAGGAAAACAUCAGCCAUGAUUUGGGCAACAACAGCCAGUCCACAUUAGAUAAACAGCCUAUGAUAAAUAUCAAAGCCUCUGGGGAGGUGACACCUAUAGGGAAUGUUACUGGUCUCCCAAUACCACAGCCAGAUAGUACCCAAAACCCUGAAUACAAGAUAAUAGCACGGGCAGCUGGUGCUCAGGACACUGAACUCCAGAGGAUGCCACAUACAGGUGAUUCCAAGGAUGCCGAAUACAAGAAAACGCCACAGACAAGCGGUGCCCAACACGUUAGACACAAACAAAUGUCAUGGGCAAGUGGUACCCAGAACAGUGCAAACAAGAUGACAUCACAGCCACGUGUUUCUCAGGGUGUUGAGGCCAGCAUCCCACCACAUCUAGGUAGUUCCCAGGAGCCUAAACACAAGGCACCACUAUGUCCAAGUGGUACCCAGGAUGUUGACCACAAGACAACACCAAAGCAAGAUGCUACCCAAGACACUAAACAGAUGGCACUAUGGGCAGUUGGUGCCCAGGACCCUGAACACAAGAUGGUAUCACAGACAGGUGAUACCCAAGAUGCUGGACACAAAACAACUACAUGGCCAGGUGGUACCCAAAACCCUAGACAGAAGGUGACAUCAUACCCAGGUGGUACCCAGGACACUAAGUACAAGACAAUACCACACGCAGAUGGUACCCAAUACACUGAGCCCAAGAUGACAGCACAGGCUGGUGAUGUCCAGGAUGGUGAAAACAAUACAACAUCAUGGUCAGGUGGUGUCCGAGACUAUAAAGACAAGAUAACCCAGGAACCCAGCAGCCAGCCUUCUUCGGUAUCAGGCAGGUCCUCAAAGCACAAGAGUAGAGCCGCUGAAGGAAGGAUCUCAGAAGACAUGGUGCAGAGCCAUCCCCUACAGUCAGCAGCCCCAGCCAUUCAGCCCGGGAAAACCGCAGAUUCUUGCCUGGUGUCUACUAAGUUUCCACCAUGCCUUUCAAGUGGGCCAGCAGUGAGGGAAAUCAGCUCAGGUACAGGGAGCAAAACUACAGCUGUGGAAAGAGACCCUCUGGGCGAAAACAUAUCAUCCCCAGGGUCACAUGAGAACCCAGCAGAGCCUCUGGACCGGUCGCAGCUGCCCUCCGUGGGUCCACAGACACUGGGAGGAAAGUACCCUGAAAGAGAACAAGACCUUUCAGGAGCAGCACGCUCCUCCAUGCAUCCUCUAAGUCCAGCCGCAAAGGGAGAGGCCAGGCAGCUGGAGCUAGCCCAUGGUCCAGAGCCCCCUGUCCCCACCCAGAAGGCAGACCAUAGGUCUGUGCCCCAGGCAAAAAGUUUGAGGGGUGAAGCCAAAGAGAAUCUAUCAACACAGGUGGGCAUGGGCAGGCCACAGAGCCACCUUGGAUCAGAGGAAACUGGUACAGGGCAUGUAAGGUUAAACCAGACUGGACAGUCAGGUGUUUCAUGUGUGGCAGAUCCUCAGAAACAGGCUUCUCAGGGCCUAGGAGCCAAUGAAAAGAUGCCAGUGGAGGAGAAUCCCUCCCAGCACAAGCCCAAGGGUCAGGAGCAUCCUCCAAGGCCACUGGGGAGGCAGGAAAGGAGCCCAACUCAAGGAGAGAGCCUUCGGGACAAUGAUACCCCACGGAACCCUAGUAAGCCUUGUGGCCUGGCUAUGCAGAAACGAACCCACAGUCAGGGACAGGCCAGCCACCCAGUACCUCAGGUCCAGGGGCAACCUGACAACACAACCGAAGGAGUGUCCCCUGCUAGGACAAGUGGAGAACCUCCAAGAUCGGGCCCUACAUUAGGCAGUCAGCAAAGCCCAAGUGCCCAGCCCACUCCCCGAGAAAGCCAGCCCCUGGCUAGUAGCAGGACCACAGUCCGCUCCCUAGAGAACACAGACAACUCUCCCUGGCUCACAUCUAAUGCUGGAGGCCACUCCGUCUUCCAAGCCCCUGGCCAGGAUGGGCCUCCAAGUGCCCCCAGGACAGAAAAGGACCAACCAGACCAUAGGCAUCGCAGGUCGGUGCGCUUCGCAAAGUAUUAUGCCCAAAGCUUCAGUGACCAGAAAGCCUUCGAUCUGUCCUUCAGGCCCACAGUCCUCAGGGCCAGCGACACCUUUGAGCCCCCAAAGUGAGAGCUCUCUUUGAGCCAGCAUGCCAGUCUCCAAGUGAACAUAACUUUGAGCAUCCCCUACAGAGGAAAUGUAGCCCUUAGCAUCCCUCAUUUCCUCUCACUGUACAUGAACUAACCCUGGGGAUGCAUUCAAGAGGUGCUUGUUCAUGUUCCAGGCAGCUGUGAGACCGGAAGAUGUUAGCUAUCCAAGGCUGCUGGCUGUGACCCAUGGCUUUCACACAUCCUCUGACCAGCACUGUGACUUGGAGGACACAGAGCACUUGAAGAGAGAUCAGUGUCAUAGGCUAAGAGAAGUGUCCCCUAGCCCUCUGCUCCUCAGAGCUUCCCAACCAUGUCCCUGUCUACUACCCAAAGUGGUGCCUGUGACCUGUGACCUAUGACCUGUGACCUAUGACCUGAACCUCUCAUAUAUGGGAAGUGCAGUGUUUGCCUAAGCCAUGUCUUACUCCUAAGCUGGUACCAGAGUCUUGCUGAUCACAGGAGACAGAACCUUGGGGUCAGGGACUGGAUUGUCUCCUCAGCAGACAUCAGGAAAAUACUGUAAGGAGCCUCAGGAGGCUUUCCCAGCACUCAUCUGAGGCACACAAUUCCAAUCAUGCUUUUGUUUAGAACUGGGUAGAGGUUAAAAACAAAAACAAAAAACCAACACUGCUACUGUGACUGCCUGCAUCCUACUCUCCAGCACCCAUAGUGGGAUUCGUAAAACAGCUUUUCUAUCCUGCUGUUGGCCAAGGUGCACAGGGUUUCCAGCUGCUGACUGCCCUUCUGCUUGGAGCAUUUGCUCUUCUGAGGCAUGUGAGGAAGGUGAGAGCCAGCCAUUGCAAUACUGCUCAGGACAGUUUUCAUGAACAGCUUACAGUUUCCCGGCAGCCCCUUGGUGUGUCUGCUGUAACCUGGACCGCCCUGGACAUGUUAGAGACUUGCUGUUUGGUUUUCUCACAACUGAGAAAGUCCUCCAAAGGCUCCCCCUGCUCUGGAGACGGCUCUCUAUUCCCUGGGAUUUCCUUUGUUUUCUAGCUCAAAGAUCCUUAACAAGAUUGUCCCAUCCUAUCCUUGAGGAGUCUGACUAUGGGUGGCCCCCACCCCAGCUCAGGGAAGCCUGAGUGAACAAACAGGCCAUUGCACAGGAACCCAAGCCCCUGAUCAAGCAGGAGGCACGAGGCCUUUGUGUGUUGAGCUCAGCCAGAGUAAGCUCCACAACUCCCUGCAGUCA